AUGAUCAAGAAACAUGUCCCCUCUAUCGGAAACCCUGCUCGACGGGAUGGCACGAUUAUCUGGGGCACAGAUUAUCUGUGGCACGAGGAGGUCGGCGAUGUCGCAAAAAAAAGUCCCCGCCAGAUACAGAUAAACCAUCGAAACUGGGGAUUCCUGGGCAGGAAAGAAAGGGUUUGGCUACUUUACAACAACGAAUCGCUAAAUCAAAACCAUGUGGGUGCCUUUUACAUGGUACAGUGCGUUUCGUCUGAGAGUACAAAGUGCCUAACGACUGAAAAGUUCAGCUACCAAGGUCUCCGACGUUGCGAUCCGGACACGUAA